GCCCCGCCUGUGUCAGUGUCCAGGACGCAGCGGUUUCAUGAUGCACAGCUCAGUGUUUUUGGCGGUUCUGGUCCUCCUGGGAACAGAUCUGUGUGCGGCGCAGCCCCGCGGCAGGAUCCUGGGCGGCCGCGAAGCCGAGGCCCACGCGCGGCCCUACAUGGCGUCGGUGCAGGUGAACGGCCAGCACCUGUGCGGCGGCGUCCUGGUGGCCGAGCAGUGGGUGCUGAGCGCCGCGCACUGCCUGGACGACGCGGCCGACGGAAAGGUGCAGGUGCUCCUGGGCGCGCACUCCCUGUCGCAGCCCGAGCCCUCCAAGCGCCUGUACGACGUGCGCCGCGCAGUGCCCCACCCGGACAGCCGGCCCGACACCAUCGACCACGACCUCCUCCUGCUGCAGCUGUCUGAAAAGGCCGAGCUAGGCGUCGCCGUGCGACCCCUGCCCUGGCAGCGCGAGGACCGCGACGUAGCGCCUGGCACGCUCUGCGACGUGGCCGGCUGGGGUGUGGUCAGCCACGCAGGCCGCCGGCCCGACCGCCUGCAGCUCGUGAGCUUGCCGGUGCUCGACCGCGCCACCUGCAACCUGCGCCAGUACCACGACGGCGCCAUCACCCAGCGCAUGAUGUGCGCGGAGAGCAACCGCCGCGACAGCUGCAAGGGCGACUCGGGGGGCCCGCUGGUGUGCGGGGGCGUGCUCGAGGGCGUGGUCACCUCGGGCUCGCGUGUCUGCGGCAACCGCAAGAAGCCCGGCAUCUACACGCGCGUGGCGAGCUACGUGCCCUGGAUGGACGGCGUCAUGGCCGGGGACGCGGCGGCCUGAGGACGGCCGGAAGGUGGCGGUCGCGGCGGGGGGUGCAGAGCAAUAAAGCCGUUCAGUCCUG